AUGGCCUCCCAAACCCCCUCUCAAGCGCUCACCAAGCGCUCCUCCUCCACAGCCUUGAUGCCCCCACCACCCCCACCAAAGCGCAUAAAGCGGCCCGCAACUGUGCUGGACGAAGAUACCUACACGGACGCGCUCUCGCACAUCAUAGCGCGCGACUUCUUCCCCGGCCUUCUCGAGACCGAAGCGCAGUCCGACUACCUGAACGCGCUGGACUCAGGCAACAACGCCUGGAUCGCCGAAGCCGGGCGGACGCUGACCCAAGUAAUGACACCUGGGCCGGAUGGACGCCGGCGGAGAGGGAUGUUGGGAACGAGCAUGACGCCAACUAUGCAGAGCCGCGGGGGAGAGGCGACGCCGCGGUCCUGGGGCGGAGAAACACCAGCGUCAGUCGCGGAAUCUGAGAUCAGCAGCGCAACAACCAAGCCGCGGAAGCCAGACGUUGACACCACCCUCUCCCUCACAGCCUUCCAAUCGAAAUACACCUCCGAAGACAAUGAAUCCUUCAACGCGCUGCUUGACAUCCAAAACGCUAAGCGCGUGGAGAAGUACACCUGGCUCUGGAGCGGCAACAAGAUCCCCUCAGGGCGACAGAUCGCCUACCGCGCGCGCUCCGCUCAGCUCCUCGAGUCCUCCGAGCGUGCCGCAGCGAGCCAAGCACUCAUCCCCCGCCCCUCACAAGACCCAGACACCCGUCCCGCAAUGGCAGACACCGCCCCUUCCGCCCCGCGCAACGCCUUCAUGUUCGCGCCCGACAGCAUCGAAGACGACCACACCACCGUCGCUGCAGCCGCGGAAGCGACAUCCACCGCGCCGCCCCGGGCCGUGAACCACAGCGCCACACGCCUUCCCCUGCCCCCUUCUUCCGACCCAGAUAGCCUCGUCCCGCCCUCCCCCUCGCUCUCCGCAAUCGACGCCGCGAUAGCCGGGCGGCCCCGCCCCACGGCCUCGGAGCCGGGAUACGCGGGCUCGGAGACGCCGGUGGUGGGUGGGUACAGGUUCGUGGAUGCGGAACCGACGCCUUCUGAGCUCGCGGCUGAGGACGCUGCGGAUCGGGGGCUGUUGGCGCGACUGGGUGUUGAGAGUGAUGCGGCGCCCAACCCAUUUACCAUCAAGGAGGCGAGCGGGAGGGAGAGGCUGCAUCAUCGGAUGGUGGAGAGGACGAGCGCGGCGAAGAGGUCGGGUGGGGGGAGUGGGAGCCGACUGGCGGCGUUGAGGGGGGACGGGGGUGGCGGUGGUGGUGGUGUGGGGGGCAAGACGCCGACGCCGAAGUUUAUAAGUAGUCCUGUGGUCGCAAGAGGCAACUUGACGCCUGCGGCACAACGGCUCUUCGAGCGGGUGGGGACGCCGAAACGGGACGGGAUGGAGGGCGCCUUUGGGGGACAUGGGAGGAAGGGGGAAGAGAAGGUGAGAGGGUACUUAACGCCCAAGCCGAGAAUCAAAUGA